AUCUCUUGUUCCUUGCUAAUAAACUUGCUAUCUUGUCUUCGUUGUUGCGUUUGCUCAAGUUAGUCAUUGGGAACAACCUACCAAGUUCUACUCUCGAGUGAGUUUACAGAAUCAUUAUUUUGCCACCACUUUCAACAUACAUAAUUUAGUUUCGCGUGACAAAGUAUUUGAUAGCCGUAUUGAAUUACACGUAGCGGUAGAACAUGGGUAGAACCGUAAAAUUGGACUUGAAACACGGGAAUAUGUGAAACAUGUAGUAACAGCUUAUUAUAGCAGGCAAAAGUACUAUAGUAGGUAUUGAAUAUUAUCGAGCUCUUAUUCAAGCAAAGAUAAAGAUAAUGAUGGCUACAGGUAUGUCCAUCAAGAAAGAUGGCCUUUGCUCUUUGACUGCCCAGAAGCUAUCUGAAGAACCAGGUUUUGCCAGUAGAUUACCAGCUCGCAAUCACCCCAGUGAAUCGGCAGAAGAUUUUUCUGAGCCAAAUUACAUGGAGCCGCACAUGAUUAAGAUGCCAUUACCUGAUGAUCAAAACAUGAAACGGUUAACUCAUGAUAUUAAAUUUGCUCAAAAAAGAGGUAUAGAACUAAAAAAUAACGAGCUCGACAAAGUAUGGCGUAAUAUGCAAAAUAAAAAGGCAAAUGAUGACGAUAAUACGAAGAAAAUGGACAAAGACUUAGCGAACAAGCUGAAGGAAAGGUCACUCAAAGUCGAAAAGAAUGACGAAGACAGUUAUCUAUCACCUCCUCCUGAAUUCGCUCAAGUACAGUUACGAAAGACGGCGUCAAAAGAGCUAUUAAAUCAAUAAUAAAGUCAUUUACUUGAUGAUGAAAGUACACGCAGUUGAGUCCAAGUUAGACGGAAAAUAUUUUAUGUUGCACACGUAAAAUAAUUAUAAUUUAUAAAGUUCGUAUACUCCAGAGCAUAGACUUAAAGAUAUUUAAUUUGAUAAAAAUACUUUAUAUUGAUUGUUGUAAGUAGUUUGUAGAAAAAUUUGUUUAUAUAUUUCGUGGGCGUUGCACAUUUUUACAGGUGUAGCUUAUUAACUUUGUGACAAGACCAUGAAAAAUUAAAAUUGUACAUUUAUUAAAGAUGUGUGCAUGCAAUGUAGGCAA